AUGAAAAGCUUCACAGAAUUAUUUUUCUUUAUCGCUCUUAUCAAAUUCUGUCUUGGGUUUAAUGGAAUCACAAGUCUUUUCAACACCCACGAUGAGCCGCAUAUUGAUCUGGAUGAAUAUAAAAGUGAACUGAAAUUCACUGUGAAAGAGAAAUGGAUUUCACAGAAAUUGGACAAUUUCAACACGAAAGAUUCUCGUGAGUGGAUGAUGAGAUAUUUUGAGAAUGAUCGUUUCUUGAUUUCUGGUGGCCCAAUUUUCAUUUACAUCGGUGGAGAAUGGGAAAUAUCUCCUGGCUGGAUAUCUGGUGGAUUGAUGUAUGAAAUGGCAAAAGAGUUGAAUGGAACGAUGUUUUAUACUGAACAUCGGUACUAUGGUAGAAGCCAUCCAACUGAAGACACGUCAACUGAAAAUCUUGAAUUCUUGACAGUUCAACAAGCUUUAGCUGACUUGAUACAUUUUAUUGAAGAAGUGAAAGCAACUACAGAUGACUUAAAAGACUCGAAAGUUAUUCUUGUAGGUGCUUCAUAUGCAGCUUCUUUAGCGACAUGGGCACGACUCAAAUAUUCACACUUAGUCAGUGGUGCGUGGGCGUCAAGUGCUCCACUUUUUGCUAAAAUUGAUUUCUUUGAAUACAAUGAAGUGUUAACUGAAAGUUUAAGAAUUGUGGGUGGAAAAGCUUGUCUUGAAAAGUUUGAAGCUGCUUUUCAAAAACUCGAAGAAUUUUUCAGCUUUUCAGAGCCAAAAGUUUUAGUGAAAAUCAUCAAAGACUUCAAAUUGUGUGAGCCGCUGAACCUUUGUCGUGAUGUUUCACAUUUUUUCUAUGAAUUGGCUGAUACAGUUGCUGGUCUAGUCCAAGGUCAUAGUCCUGGUGAUAUUGAAGAAGGCUGCAAAUUUAUGCUCGAUGAGAAUCAUAAAGAUGAAGUUGCUGCUUUCGGUGCGUGGGUGAACUCGAGAAAUAAACAUAAAUGUUUGAAUAUGAAUUACGACGAUACCAUAAAGAAAUUCAGAAAUAUUACUUGGGGAUCUGAUGCUAAUAAGCAAUUAAGACAAUGGACUUAUCAGGUAAAUUUAGAAUCACAAAAUAUUAAUUUAGUUAACUACAGCAAAAUUUUCUAUUCAAGACUUGCAAUGCGUUUGGUUGGUUUCAAACUAUUUUCUUUAGCAAGUAUUGAGAAAAGCGUUAAGAAAACGAAUGAAAUGUAUGGAGGAUUCAAUCUUAAAGUAACAAAUGUUUACACAACACACGGAAGAAUCGAUCCAUGGAGACCAAUGGGACUCUCAAAAGAUUUAAACAUUCAUUCGCCUGUUGAAAUACUUGAGGAUUAUUCACAUUGUGCUGAUCUUCACUCAAUUGCAUCAAAAGAUACUCCGCAGUUAAUUGCAUCAAAGAAACGGAUAAAGAAACUUGUAAGAAAGUGGUUGAAUGUUCCAUAA